UGAGCCUCCUGUCAGUCACUGUGCAGGGAGGCAGAUCCCAGCGCUGCACAAACCCGGAAGUAGUUAUAGCUCUUGUGUUGCUGGCAGUGCUGCAUGUAGGAGAGGUAAUGUCCACAGACAGACAUGUCAGCGAGCAGCAAGACUCAGACAUUGCAGGUCACAGACACGGAGUACAGUGCGGAUGCUGUGGAAUGGUGUCCUGUGGAUGACUGGAACACGAUCCUGGCAUGUGGCACCUAUCAGCUGAAGAAGCCAGAUAAUGAUCAUGGCGAGGAGAAAGGUGAUGAUCCCCACAUGCGACUGGGCCGUCUUUACCUUUAUAACUAUGAUCCCCACCAGCUUUUCUCACCCGUAUCGGAACUGCAGAGGAUUGAAACAGCUGCCAUAUUGGACAUGAAAUGGUGCCACAUUCCCCUCUCAGACCAUCCUGUGUUGGGCAUUGCUAACGCUAAGGGUGCACUAGAGCUGUAUAAACUACAAGGCAGCAGGGAAAGUUGUCAGGUGGAGCCUGUGCACAGCAUAGAUGUGGGUGAUGACUGCCUGGCGUUGUCCCUUGACUGGUCCACAGGAAAAAGAGAAAGUAGUUCACCUAUAAAGAUCAUCUGCAGCGACUCAAAGGGGCGCCUCAGUUUGGUGCAGGUAGAGGGGUCCUCGCCAUCCCUGGACAUCCAGUGUCAGUGGGGAGCCCAUGGCUUCGAAGCCUGGAUUGCUGCAUUCAACUACUGGAAUUCCACUAUGGUGUUUUCAGGUGGAGAUGAUUGUUUACUGCGAGGAUGGGAUACAAGAUCUACACCAGACCACCCAAUAUUUACCAGCAAACGACAUUCAAUGGGAGUGUGCAGCAUUCAGAGUCACCCUCUUCGGGAGAACGUUCUGGCAACAGGAAGUUAUGAUGAGCAUGUUCUCAUCUGGGACUUACGACAGAUGAAGCAGCCUGUAUCUGAUACCCAUGUUCAGGGUGGUGUCUGGAGGCUGAAGUGGCACCCAACAGAGAGCGCCCUCCUGCUGGCCGCCUGUAUGCAUAGCGGCUUCCACAUUCUGGACACGGCAUCUGAUGGCUCCCCUAUUGCCUCCUCGUAUGUUCUUCACAACUCCUUGGCCUAUGGAGCAGAUUGGUCCACACUAUCGCUUUCAUACUCACCAGCCAGUCCUGAGCCGACUUCCUUGCAAGCCAGAAAGUCAGAUGCCUCAGGCUCAGAUGGGGCUGCACCAAACAUUGACCAGCCCAUGCAGAAUCUGAAAAUCUUCUACGAGUCUCCCACUACCAGCUUUGAUGUGAUUCUUGAGGAUGAGCGUGGCGAAUACUUGCCUGAAAGUGACCCUGUAAAGGACUUAAACAAUAAGGCUCUACCAGAAAAAACGAAAUACGUACCAGCAAACACCAGCGUGGUGGCCACCUGCUCUUUUUAUGACCAUGUCAUGCAUGUGUGGAGGUGGCAGAGAACACAGUCUGGGGAAUGAUGUCCUCUCUUUUUAUCUCAACUGGGUUUACCAAUCUAUCCUAGAAUACUCUACCUCCUGUUAUGCUUGUUCCAAAUGCCUGAAAUCUUUUCUGAAUGCAGGACAAACCUUGGAGUAUGGCACUCGGAUAUAAUGUAGUAUAAAAAAAUGUACCACUUUAAAAUGACAAGCCACUAAACUCACUAUAUAUAAUCAGCACUUUUAAGGAAGAACACUUACUGUUCUGUGGAAUUGUAUAUUUGUGCUGAUCUGCCACAACAAAAGGGGAAACUCAUGGUAGCUAGGCUGUAAGAUGUUAAAAAUAAAAAGUAACCGCAAAA